GAUCCGCUCCCUUAGGACAUCACGGCUCCCGGUAGUCAGCUCCAAAUAAGUUCCACGCGUGGUCCUUCCAGAGCAGCAUCCUCCCGCUUCAUCAUUUCAUUCUUGUUUACCGUUACGGACACCUAAGGACCAUUACUCUGCAAAAUGAGGAGGAGCCGGAACAAGCCAUAACCCGGAAGCAGUAGCGUGGACCUGAUCAUGCUUGCAGCACCUUGAGCUGAAAUGUUGCAGGGCACAGAAGGCUCGGUUAUCAGUAAGAAACGAGAACGUCAUUUUUCUUUCUUUGCUUUGGUACCCACAAUUCUUUCUCGGCGGUUCGGCUAAAAGAGAAGCAUCCUCAAGAAGUGAUCACAGGGUCGAGAAUGAGAAACACUGAUCUUGGAACAGACAAGCUGUUAUAAUAUAAACUCUGCCUCUUUCCACUGCUGAGAUGAGUCGUCACCUGUGCAUUUGGCUUUUUCGGAAUCCGUCUCUCAGUGUGUGCCCCAAGAGACAUGUCGUCCUCUACUGUCAGCAAUUUAGACAAAUAAACCUUGAUACAAGGUGGUGGGAUUUUAGACAAAACAAGACUCACGUUCUCUCUCAGCUCUUAAAUAAGCGUUGGCCCAGGAGCUACUGUCAUCAGGACACAAGGGAACUCUGGAGACACAAAGCCCUACAGAAGUAUCUGAGAGACCUGAAACAGGAGUACCAAGCCCUUGACCAGUGUCUGCAGGGUGUCUCUGAGAAGGAAGGAGACCGAAGGGCCUUACACAGAAGGCGUGCACAGCUGGCACCGCUUGCAGCUGUUUAUCAAGAAAUUCAGGAGGCCGAACGAGCCAUUGAAGAAUUAGAGUCAAUGUGUAAAAGUCUAAAUAAACAAGAUGAAAAGCAAUUGCUAGAACUUGUAUCAGAAGAAAGGCAAAUCAUUGAUCAGAAGAUGGACAGACUGUAUAGUGAGCUUUUGGAGCAUUUGGUGCCUAAGGAGAGGUGCGACCGGAAUGACGUUAUUCUAGAAGUGACAUCUGGAAGAACUACUGGAGGUGAUAUCUGUCAACAAUUUACCCGAGAAAUAUUCGAUAUGUACCAGAAUUAUUCAUACUAUAAACACUGGAAAUUUGAGCUGCUGAAUUACACUCCAGCAGAUUAUGGUGGACUGCAUCAUGCUGCUGCCCGAAUUUCUGGUGACAGUGUCUAUAAGCAUUUGAAGUAUGAAGGAGGAAUCCAUCGAGUUCAGCGAAUCCCAGAGGUGGGCCUGUCCUCACGGAUGCAGCGUAUUCACACGGGAACAAUGUCAGUUAUUGUUCUUCCGCAGCCAGACGAGGUAGAUGUGAAAGUGGAUCCCAGGGAUCUGCGUGUAGACACAUUUCGAGCCAAAGGAGCAGGUGGGCAGCAUGUGAACACAACAGACAGUGCUGUGAGGCUUGUUCAUGUCCCCACAGGACUGGUAGUAGAGUGCCAACAAGAACGAUCACAGCUGAAAAAUAAAGAAAUAGCUUUGCGCGUGUUGAGAGCCAGACUCUACCAACAGAUAAUCGAGAAAGACAGGUGUCAGCUGCAGAAUGCUAGAAAACUGCAGGUGGGAACAAGAGCCCAGUCGGAGAGAAUUCGGACAUAUAAUUUCACCCAGGAUAGAGUCACUGACCACAGGAUAGCAUAUGAAGUUCGUGACAUUAAGGAAUUUUUACGUGGUGAGAAGUGUCUGGAUCAGCUAAUUGAGAGACUGCUUCAAUCAGCAGAUGAAGAGGCCAUUGCUGAAUUUUUGGAUGAACACCUUCAAUCAGUGAAAUAAAUGUGGCUUAUCAUUUAUUGUUAUAUAAAUGAAGUGGACUUUGAUAAAGAAACAGGUGUGGAAAUCUAAAUGAAUAUUCAUAAAGUAUAGAUGUACCCACAUAGUUUUUAUAGAAAUCAUUUUAAUGAAAGAAACUCACGUUUUUUGACAUAGAGAUUUAUUUUAGGUCUCAAGUAAAUAAUUCAGCUCUCCAAAUAGAAGAUAAGCUUGUAACAUCAAAAAGAAAAAUAAAAUAUUGAGAAUUGAUUGUAUAAGAUGAAUCAACUGUUUCUUUUAGGCCUUUUGAAAAGCCAUAAGCAUUUUCGUCAAAAGGGAGUCUAGGUAUGAGUCAUCCUGCCUAACUUAUAUAAAAUUCA